ACAGUCUAAAUACUAGUUUCGGGCAUGCAGAGUUAGUGGACUUCCUAUUAUCUGGAGGGAUGACUAGUGCUUCGAAGUCCAAAGAGAUCCAGCAAAGAACAGAAAAACCGAUUCUCUUCGGCACUCUAGGCAGCUCAGCUAAUUAGAGCCCCUACUUGAUGGGCCGGUACGGAAAGCCUCCGCUGGCCAGAGACUGUUGGAGGAGCUGGAUUAAUCUUGCAAAAGUCUGGCAGGAGUGGUAUUAUUCCCUCCCUCCCUUCCUUCCACAGCUCCACAUUUUGAUGGGCGGGGGAAAACCUUACUGGGCUCCGGUAGCUUAGUGACAAGCGCUGCCCAAGAGACAGGCUGACAUCCCUUGCUCCCCUCCCCCCGCCUCUGCCGCAUCAACACGAAUCCCGGCUAGUAAAACUCCUCCCUCGGGGUGCGUGGUAAAGUGGCUAGGCUGACUGGUAGCCGCUCUGGACUAGACCAUUGGGAGGGGGAGUGAGGUCGCACAAAUACUCCUUAAAACGCACGAGCCUUUGUGAAGAAACAGAAACCUGCUUUGAGGUUUUGAUAAAGGGAAACGCAGAAGUGUGGGGGAGAGAGCUGAAAAAAGGAAAAGCGGAAACUAUCUCCAGGCUCUGGUUGUUCUCCUUGUUUCUCUACCUUUUCUCAAACAUGUUAUAGUUUGUUCCUUUCCCCUCCUCUUGACAACAGGAGGAGAGGGUAGGAAAGGUGGAUGCCGAUUGGGUCACACAGCAGCCGGAGUGCGAGCAAGAGCGCUUGCUAAGCUUCCUUCUCUAAUUGGACAUAAAAUGCGAGGGGGCGGGGCUUGCCUUCGGGACGGCUUCGGGUGAAGGUGAACUGGAGGAUGCUCUUGUGCGCGGGCGCGCGCCGUGACUCGGGCCCGAACCGGGGCCGCUUGCGUAACGGCUCGUGCGAGUUGGAGGGGAAGGCGACUGUUUUGGCUGAAGUAACGCCCGCUGGUUCGCUUGUCGCGCCGUCGUGCGUCCACCGUUUCCAGCCCCCAAGUGGCAAAAAGGAAACCAACGCCUGUUACCACACUCGGUCACGACACGGCGGUAUAAAUACUUACCGUGUAUUUUAGGGACUGGAGGUGCUGCAAAAUCCCCCAAGUGGCUCUCAUGCCUUGAAGGCAGUUUGUUCUUUAAUGUUUUGACUAAAUCCAGCGUUAAGGUGGAAGAACACCAAUGGAUACAAUCCAUUAUGAAAACGGCCUGCAGACCUGAAAGUUCCUUGAAAUGUACAGUUUUUGCAGCCCUUAGUUAAAUGUCAGACUAACUAAAGGUGUAGUCCUGUCCACCUAUAGCCAGAAAGAUGGCUUACAAUGGAAUGCAGGCUGGAAUUUGUAGGCCCUUUUCUGUCUAAAUAUGCCUAUGAUUACACCUUAAUACUUACAUUUAACUCCCUAACAAAAUAAAUGUUUGUCAUAGCACCUCUAUUUAGCCAUUGUUUUCUUGUAUUAUUUACACAGUGACACUUGUGCUUAAAGCAUAGUAUAAGUACACAGGAGGUCUUGCCGCAAGGAACUACAAUGUCAGAUUUCAGCCCUGGGCUAGUGGGCUGCACAGGAGUGCAGAACAAAGUGAAGGAAAGGAGAUACAAUGUACCACAAAGUGAAUGUAAGGAAAUACAAUUAGGAAUACUUAGGCCUCAGCUAAAUAAAAAUCAGCAUAACUUCCUUCUGCUGUUUUAUCUAAUCUCAGAUUUAUCAAGAAAAGAAUUGAAACUAUCCAAGCUAUAAUACAGUUUCACCUAACUGGGAUGUUGGCAACCAGGACGAAGUAAUCUAAAAGAGGGGGAAGGGUUACAGAGUUGUGCAGUAAGGGGACUGAGCUAUGAGCCUGGAAAUAAAAUGUUAUCUCAACCAUAAAUGUAGGUGGCCUUAAGCAAGAUGCUUUCUCUCACUCAUAGGCCUUUCUCUGGAGUAUCUUUUCAACUUUGCAAAUUUUUAGUUAUUAAUUUCUAAAAUGGAUUCAUUUAAAUUCAUUUUUGUGCUGCUCAGGAAAAAUGGGCAAUGCAGAACGAAAAAGGAGGGGGGCCAAUAGAGGAUUGUUAUGGUAGCAACUUUCUGUGCUGCUGCUGCUGCUACUGUUAAGCACAAGUUGACUGAAGGCAUGAUCCUGUGUUGUCCGCCCUUGAUAUUUGUAAGCCUCCAAACAUGAAGGCUUACAUGCAGUACAGAAGGGGAGGAAAGGAGGCUUGAGCAUCAUUUUUCUGCAACAGAAACUGUCAUCUCCAGCCUCCUUGCUUCCUUCCCUGUCCUCAUGCAUAAUCCUUCAGUCUUCUUCAAGGCCAAUUUCUGAACUUAGAGAUUCAGCUGGCACAGUUGUUCCCAUGCCAGCUGCUAGGGAGAAAUGGGACAUGGCAGAGGCUCUGCAAUCCAAACUCCCACUCUGUAGUCAGAGGACCUUGGACCUGAGACUGAAUACUCCUGUGCUUGCUCUCCCCCUUCCCAUCCAGAAAAUGUUGGGAAGCCAUUGGAUGGCACCCUAAGACUCAUUACACAAAUGACAGAUUGAUGACCUAAAAUAAAAGAGCCAAUAUAAUGUAAAGGUCGUAGCAGGAUCCAGAAAUAUUUAGAAGCAGCCAAACAGAUGUGAACCCAAUGGACUUUGACAGAUUUCAAAGCCUGCCCGAAAGCAGGCAAUGAAAGGAAUGGGUGUUUUUCUCUUGAAAGGCCAUUCCAUAUUCUGAGUACCACAAGAAAAGGCCCUUCCCCUCAUGCACACUUUCUGCUAUUCUCUCAGCAAGACACUAGUGAUGAAGGGAUCGAAGAUAGAGCAAAGGUUCUUGGUCAUAUUCAUAUAGGAGGAGAAAUUUCUGAAAUGGUCGGAUUCUAGGAUGUUCUGAAGAGCAAAAUUAGUACUUAAAUGGGGCCUGAAAACAAAGUGGCAAAAAGUAGUAAAGGAUUGACUUCAUACAGUCUGACUUGCUGGUCUCAGUUGAAACUGGUAACCACACUCUGGACCAGUGGAAUUUCUGAACUGUCUCCAAGGGAACCCUCAUGUAAAUUGUAUUACAUCAUUUUUAUCUGGAAAUGAUGAGGACAGAAAAAGUGCAGCUGUUGUACCAUUAUAAAAGACUACUGUGUAUCUAAGAGGCCAAAUCUAGAAGUAACUCCAAGCUACUAAUCUGCUUUAGGAGGAGUGGGUCUUCAUCCAAAAUAGGCUAUAUACCUCCCCCAGAUUUGUAAGGAGUAUUCAAAUAGUGUAUAUGAAAUACAGUAUCCUAAAAUGUUAUGUAAGUGGUAAAUAUUGCUGGUAUUAUAGUUUACUGAUAUUCUUUAAGAUUACAUAUGAAAUCAUUGCUACAUGUACAGAAUUGGGUAUCUUUUACAUUUAAUUAAAAAUAUGGAUCUAAUCCAGUAGAAGUAAAAUAGGUUUAACUGCCAUUUAAAUCAAAGAGAUAACUUAAAGAUACCUGGCUGGAAUCCAACAUGUAUUCAUUGAAACUAAAUAUGUUUGAAAUUGAAUUAUGGCAGUUCAGCUUCAUAUCUUUGUAAGGUUUUUACAGUUCUGGGAAAGAUUCAUCAUGUCCUCUAGAUGGAAACACCUGGCAAUUCGGUUCGUUGAAGUUAUAAGACAAUAAUACAUGCAUGGCUAACUAAUAUAUUCACAAUGUUUCCAUUUCAGAUGGCCUGGUCAUACUCAAGUUAUGCUUCAAAAGUUUUGAAUUGAGAAGAGAAUUUCCAUUUAUAAUAGUUAGAUAUGUUCAGAAAUCACGGGAAUGAAUGUUAAAUAAGUGAAUGUAAAUAGAGAGGCGGUCUUUGGUAAUCUAGGCCAAGCAGAGUGGGAAGCGACUUUCCAUCCUUCCUUUUGUCCACAUCCAUCUUGCUAGCCUGGAUGGCUGCUAGAGGUCACUGAUACACUAGCCACACAACUUAGGUGGGAAUCAUCUAAAUGUCCUGGGUUUUGAUGACAGCUAUUCUUCUUCUUUCUUUAUUUUCCUUCAGGUUAUACAGUUUUAAAUGAAAGUACAUAAACAUUGCUGAUCACAUGACCAAAGCUGCCUUGAAAGAGUUUUUUGCUCUGAAAAGCAGCCUAGAAAUAUUUUAAAUAAAUAAAUAAAAUUCACCUCAGCUUCUCUAGUAAAAUCUUAUAGUAAGUACACUUUACAUAAACCUUUGAAGCCCUCUUUUAAUGAUAGCAAUAGCUUUGGCCAGAGCUGUAGCUUUGGUAAGAAGUUAACUUGCUGCUUCCGAAACUCUGGUGGCUCACACUAAUCAAGGUAGGAAGCAGAAGGACGGUAUUUCCUUAAGAGUUUGUUGGCUGUUCUAUUUUCCCUCCCAGUUACUUACACCUGAUUGGAUUCAGUGAGGAGUCAGUUAAAUCCAAUGCAAGGUCCAUGUAAUGGUCACAAUCUUAAGGCCUCUCAGGGGAAUCCAAAUUUACCUCCAACCUGCCCCAAACAUGCCCUGUUUUGGGAUUUUCUCCUGCCAGAAAUAUUGGUGGUGGUAUUUCUAUGCCCACAGAUCUUUCUUUGUGUUCCAGGGGUCUCUAGGGCAGACAUGUCCCCACCAAUGAUGUUCUUCUCUGUUAGUAGGGGUUACAUCUGCCUCAUUCUAACCCCUUCCUCACCCACAAGAGGACACACAUCAAUAUUUUCUCCAUGACACUAUAAACAGUUGCUGUAACAAUGGUGCUAAUACUGGGACGCAGAUUGAACAGAGGGGAUAGUCGGGCCCAGGAAUCCCCAGUAACCAAGCGAAAAGUUUUUGAAAUGGACCCAAAGUCCUUAUCAGGCCAUGAAUUCUUUGAUUUUUCUUCUGGAUCAUCCCAUGCUGAAAACAUACUCCAGAUUUUCAAUGAAUUUCGUGACAGUCGUUUGUUCACAGAUGUAAUAAUCUGUGUGGAAGGCAAAGAAUUUCCUUGUCACCGAGCUGUUCUUUCAGCCUGCAGUAGCUACUUCAGAGCUAUGUUUUGCAAUGACCAUAGAGAAAGCCGAGAGAUGUUGGUAGAAAUCAAUGGAAUUUUUGCAGAAGCUAUGGAUUGUUUUUUACAAUAUGUGUAUACCGGCAAGGUAAAAAUCACAACAGAGAAUGUGCAAUACCUCUUUGAGACAUCCAGCCUCUUUCAGAUAAGUGUUUUGCGAGAUGCUUGUGCUAAGUUCCUGGAAGAACAACUGGAUCCUUGCAACUGCUUAGGAAUCCAGCGUUUUGCUGAUACACAUUCUCUGAAAACACUCUUUACGAAAUGCAGAAACUUUGCACUGCAGAAUUUUGAGGAUGUGUCCCAGCAUGAAGAAUUUCUUGAGCUUGGAAAAGAUGAACUUAUUGAUUAUAUUUGCAGCGAUGAACUAGUAAUCAGUAAAGAGGAGCUGGUUUUUGAAGCAGUCAUGCGCUGGGUUUACCGGGCAGUUGACCUCAGACGUUCAGUGCUACAGGAGCUCCUCACACAUGUGAGGCUGCCUUUGUUACAUCCUAACUACUUUGUUCAGACAGUAGAAGUGGACCAAUUGAUCCAGAACUCUCCAGAGUGUUAUCAACUGCUACAUGAAGCAAGAAGGUACCAUGUACUUGGAAAUGAAAUGAUGUCUCCAAGAACUAGGCCACGGAGAUCAACAGGCUAUUCUGAAGUGAUAGUUGUUGUUGGAGGCUGUGAACGAGUUGGAGGGUUUAAUUUGCCAUAUACAGAAUGUUAUGACCCCAUGACUGGAGAGUGGAAAUCACUGGCUAAAUUACCAGAAUUUACAAAGUCUGAGUAUGCAGUAUGUGCUUUGCGAAAUGAUAUACUUGUUUCAGGUGGAAGAAUCAACAGUCGUGAUGUGUGGAUUUAUAAUUCUCAGCUUAAUAUUUGGAUCAGAGUUGCCUCUCUAAAUAAAGGAAGAUGGCGUCAUAAGAUGGCUGUUCUGCUUGGUAAAGUAUAUGUGGUUGGAGGGUAUGAUGGGCAAAGUCGGCUGAGCAGUGUAGAGUGUUAUGAUUCAUUUUCCAAUCGAUGGACAGAAGUGGCUUCUCUUAAAGAAGCAGUGAGUUCUCCAGCAGUUACCAGCUGUGUGGGCAAACUGUUUGUGAUUGGGGGAGGUCCCGAUGAUAACACAUGCUCGGAUAAGGUUCAGUCCUAUGAUCCUGAUACUAAUGCUUGGCUGCUUCGUGCAACAAUACCUAUUGCAAAGAGAUGUAUAACAGCCGUAUCACUGAACAAUCUGAUUUAUGUUGCGGGAGGACUCACGAAGGCAAUAUAUUGCUAUGAUCCAGUUGAAGAUUAUUGGAUGCAUGUGCAGAAUACAUUCAGCAGACAGGAGAACUGUGGCAUGUCCGUCUGUAACGGCAAAAUUUAUAUCCUUGGUGGACGGCGAGAAAACGGAGAAGCCACAGAUACCAUUCUUUGCUAUGACCCUGCAACCAGCAUCAUCACAGGAGUAGCAGCCAUGCCCAGACCGGUUUCAUACCAUGGCUGUGUGACUAUUCACCGAUACAAUGAAAAGUCCUUUAAACUUUGAAAAAGAGAGAGCAUUCAAAUAAGAAAUCAGUGGCAUAGGACAACCAGUAUGUGAAAAAUAAGCAAAGGAAAUCUGCCUUUCCAAAAGGAAAGAAACACCGUUGUGCUUUCCAAUAUUAAAAAAAGUGUUCAAAUUCAACUGAUAAAUAUUUCCAGUAAUUAUAAUCCUGUGACCUCUGACGUGUUCAAGUUUGAAACAGUAACAGUUUAUAUUAAUGUUACCAUGCUCACCUACUGGAUUAUCUGUAUGCAAAGCCUUGAAUUUUUGUUGUAAAGCAAUGAAUGCAUUUGCAGAUAUUCAUGCCUGUUUUAUACUAAGCAUUAUCUUGCUUACUUUUGUAUCUUUUUGGUAAGUAGUGUUAACUACUUAAGCUGUAUAGAAGUUUCACUUCAUAUCCAUGACUUAUUAAUGGUUUCAGAAAAGCUACUGCUGGUCUUGCUAAAGAGGCUUUUUUCACUUUGUUUCAUUAACUUGCCUGUUUAUAGAAUGGCCGACGAACUAUGUGAAAAAACACUCUUUGAAUCUCUAAGCAACUAUAAAUAUGGUAUUGUCCUUCCUUAGUAUGAUAGACCUUUCAUGAAAAAGUCCUGUUUAAAAAACAAGCAACAUAUGAGAAUAGGAAAUCUGCAUUGUUCAGCUAUAGCCAUAGGGUUUUUUUGAAUCUUAAUUCUAAACUGAAUCUUAAGGUUGCAAUUUUGUAGUCCUUGGGAGCAACCCAAGGGGCAUAGGAUAGAUUCAAAUUCUCCUUUUGAGGACAAAGAAACAGAGGUGUAUCCUUCCAGGGCAAGACCAUGCUUCCAGCCCCCAUGAAAAUAAGCAAUCUUCCUGCCUUUCCAAGUGUGGUGUUCUAUGUAUAGAGGCAAAAAGUGAAUGGGUCAGGAGAGAAAUUUGGAUCCUGUGGAUCCAAAGAACUCCCAUUUCCAAAGAUGCCUCAGAUUUGGGGAAAAUGUGUGCAAUGGGAAAGAACUAGUUCAGAUCAUUUUUCCAAGCAUUAAAGGAGGAAGAUGUGCCAGCAGGAUGGGAGAAGAGCAGCAAGUCAAGCAGAGCUUUCAAUGAGAUGGAUCUUCCACGCAUGGUUGGUAGAAUUGCUCAGCUAAACUUAUUUCGCGUUCUUCUGUGUUCAGAAUUCCUGUUUAACCAGUAAUUUUUUCCAUUUGAAGUGUAUAAGUGCAACAGGCAUCAAAUUAGAAUUGUCCACUACACAUUUUUUUGUAUAACCCAUGAUAUUUUUCUCCAAUCUCUCUCCUUCCUGAUACAGAAUGUAGAUAGGCCUAGUAUUGUUAUGUAGUGAGCUCAGAUGACUGAUCUCUAAUAAAUCUAGAAAACAUUUUUUAAUUCAUGUCAACCAUUAAAGAAGCAGCUGUUUAAUACCAGUUUGUCUUUAUCUAGUACAUUAAGAAAAUGUUGCUAUGUGGCUAUUCCAGAAACUUGGGCAGGUAGUAUGGUAUGAAUCACUCAAUGUCUCAAUUCAUGCCAGCCCAAACCUGGCUUACUUUAGUGGCAAAUGCUGUUGCAUUGUGGGAGGCACCCAUAGCUACACCAGACAACCCUCAAAUAACCCUAAAACAUACUGCAGAUUAUUUGAGGGUGGCUUGCCCCCUCAGAAGAACCCAUGACACCCGUUCCACACCACAUAACAAACUGCCAAUAUGCUGCUGCUUGAAUAUUCAAAAUGGUGAAUGGCAUACUCUACAGGGGAAAGAAUCCAUCAAAAUACCAAUUUACUAUAGCACAGAGGAUGAGUAAACCUGGUAUACUUUUACAUGUCUUCAGUGUCACAGAAUUCAUAAAUAUGCAUGCAUUUGUCACUGGAAUUGCCCAUGCCCUUCAGUUAGUUAUGCCAUAUACUGGGCAGCUGCCUGUGAUGAACACAAUAUAAUAAGCAUUUAUUGCAAAUGAUGACAGGAAAAUAGGUUAUACCAACUUGUCCAUUAAAUAAUAGUAAAAUAAUAAUACCAUAGUAACAUAGUUUUAUGUUAUAUUUCUAUAUUUGUUUCCUGAGCCUUACUUUGACGGGUUAUUAACUCUAAUAUAUGGCAAGCUUUGUAUUUGCAUUUUAUUUACAAAAAUCUAACAAUUAGGUUGCUCUGACUAAUAUGAUUCUUCAUGGGACAAUGAUUAUGAUGCUUGUGUAAGCCAACCCAUACCCCCUCUCAAUAUUUAUGUAGAAAAGCAAUGCUAAUUAUUUCUUCACCUCCAUUUUUACAUCCAACAAUGCUCAGCCAAUCUAAAAUUGCAAGGUUUAUUUUCCCAUAAAUUGACAUCUCACUUUAUGUCAAACAGAUUGUCAAGCAUUGACUUGAAACAGUGGUCUUCACAAUUAUAUAAUCUGGGAGAUUCCUAUUAAUUAUGCAGUAAGUGGUAUUAAAUUUUAAAGCCUUGGUAUCUCAUAUUUAACAGAUAUGUUAAGUUGUCAUUUACAAAAUUUUUGGUCUUGUGUUUUUUUUAAAAAAUGGCUCAAAUCUAAUGAUCCAUUGAGUGCUUCUUCAUGAAUUGAUGUAAUUGUAUUUGAACCUUCACAUUCUCAAGACAGAUGCAAGCACAUGGAUUAACAUUAUGCUUCUGUUAUUGGGGGCAGUUGUGCUAGUUCAGAAAAUGGCAGAGCAAUUCUUUUGUCCCAGGCAAUAUAAAAUAAUUGAAGCUGCCACUGUGACUUUGCAGGGCAGGGAGAUUUUGCAUUCUAAUCUGUUCUCAGCUGCUGCAUAAAAACUGUAGCACCUGCUUUCUGAGAUCAGAAAAGCAACCUUAGAUGACCUGGGGGGGGGGUCCUGUGGGCAGGGGAGACAGAGGGAAGUCUAAGAGAAACCAGGAUCCCUUGUAUCUUACGGCCUUUCCAUCCCACACCCAGCUUAGAGGCCCAUCUAGAAGGAAAAAAUGUGGAGGACAGAGGCAAAAAGCAUCUUCAUUAUGACAGUUUCUACCCUGCCAUCAGCAGGAAAUUGGAUACCUCAACGUCUUUGAGAUUUCUGUACAGCAGGCAACAAUCCCAUAGGAUUGUGAAUAUUUUAGAUAGAAAAUAUUUGAUACUAGCUGUAUGAAUGAAGAAUUCAAUCUCAUAACUAAAGGCUUUAUUUUUGCAAUCAAUCUUUUUUCUCUAAGAAUAAGAAAAAUAUUAAUUAUUGUCAUAUGCAGUCAAGUUAUUUCCAACUAAAGGUGACCCCCCUGAAUGAAUGCCCUCCAAAAUGUUCUGCAUGCCAAACUCUUGGCAUUUUCUUCAUAAAAUAGAAUUGGCAUUGCUGAGACACAUAAGACACAAUGUAAUAGUAGUAACCAGUGAGCAACCCUUUUUCAUGGUCUUUGUUUUGGUGCCAUCAAUGAGCUUCCAGUGAGCUUCCUGCUUCCUUAAAUUCUUUUUCUGGGCAACAUCCCGUCUGGGACAUUUCCAUGAAACUGCUUAACAAGAAGCAAUUCCUGUUCAUAGUUGUCAAUGAAUCAUAAUAUCAGCUAUUUGGAAAUGAUACUUAAAUGUAUCAGGCAUCUGUGUAUCCAGUUGGCAUACGACACCAGAAUAAUAAGUAAUCUGUAGAUUAACCUGCUUUAAUCACCUUAUAUCUAGGUUAUUCUAUCUACAUUGCUUUACAUGCUCACUCUCAUAGAGUCCAAUUAGAUAAAAUCCACAUGGACAAACACUCAAAGGAGAAAAAACAGCUGCUCAACCUUCAGUAAUUUGCAUUCUUCAACAGUUGCUACAAAUACUUAGUUUGCACUCAUUUGUGUUCAUUCUGCUUUGUUCUAUUGCGCUAGGUCUUUUUUCUGCUAUGUUCAUUUUCUGGCUCCAGCUUCUGGCCUUCAAUUCAUUGAUGCCAAAUAGGUUAGCCUUCAUGCAGCCUGGUACUAUGCAUGUUUGUUCAAAAUUUAGUCACAAAAAAUAAAAUGGGGUUUCCCAUACGGAAUUACAGACUUAAUAUAUUAGCUGCAGCCUUGAUCCAUAUUCUGCUUGUGCCUUAACUUUCAGAAUGUGAUCCAGUUGUGGACACAAAGCAAGGCCUCCACUGUCUAGUGUUAUAACAUGUUCCUUUUUGGAAUUCAAAUCAGGGAAUUCAAAUGAUCAUGCACUUCAUUUGGCUCUUUUUUCCUCAACAAUUUCAGUGGGAUUUUGAUUUGUGAUAUGGAGAAGUAAAAUGCUAAGAUUGUUGGAAAAUAUGGCAAAAGAAAAAUGAAAUUUCUAUGAUAAAGUAAUCUCAGGAAUCACAUACUUCAUUUUCUAGUUGAUAUAAAAUGUGCAUCCAGUGAUACCAAGGGAACUAAUAUAAUUAGGUAAUGUAUUUCAAGACUAUCCUAAGAAUGGUUGUUCUCCCUAGUUUCAUUUGGCAAAGUUCCUGUGACUAUGAACCAUUGUCAGUUAAAGUUGAAUAUACACAUUGCUUUCUCAUUGAUGCAGCAAAUAAUUAGUACAUCCCUUAGUAAGAAAAAUAGCAACUAACUGUAAUUUAAUGAAACUAUGCAUUUUUAAUAAUGUACAUAUAUUCAUGCUACAUUUACUUCUGAAUUACGUAUGUAUAAAAUUGUGCCUGUAGUGUACAUACACUCAGGUUUUUAUAGCUGUGAAGCAGCAUCCCAGUUAUAUUUGUUACUAUUUUUACAGAGUUUAGCUGUUUUUAUCAACUCAGAAACAUUUGAUUUUGACAGUAAAUACAGAAAUUGAGAUACUAAUUAUUUUUGUGUAUAGUCUGCCAAUCUUUCACAAGUUUGUUUAUUGAAUGUAGUUACAACUGAAUUAGUCAUCUAGUGGAUUUGUUAAAAUGAACCAUUUAAAUACUGGACAAAAUACAUUUCAUUGUAGCUAUUUCUCAUUGUGACGAAACAGUUACUCAACUUACAGUAAAACCAAAUAUUUCACAAAAGAUACCUUAGCUAUGCAUCAACACUUCUUGGACUGAUAUUAAGAAAACUGUUUCAUUUGGAAGGGAUUUCAAAACUGACUUAACAGACUCAUAAAGCAAAGAAAAACAUUUAUCUGCACUUUACCUGUCCCCUACCUUUAUACCUAAUUGCAUUUGAUUACCUCUGAUAAUAUCCACUGUUGUUUAAAAAAAAAAACCAGACAUAUAUUUAUAUUCAAUUACUGAGUUAUGCUGGAUCCAAUUGCUGAUGCUUGUUCAUUAUUGGAAAUUAACAGUAACAGUUUCAGGAAAGAACUUUAAAGAAAGAAGCAGAUAUGUAUAAUUAGCAACUUAAAUAGUGGAAUGAAACAAAGGAUCAAAUGAAAAAGAUUGUGGAUUCUGCUUUUAAAGAAGCCAGGUUUCUGUCUAUGCUUCCCUUUUCUUACAGUGUAAGCCUAGUAAUAAUUUUGCUUAUACUGCAACUUAGCUUUGAAAGAUUGUACCCAAAAUUUGAGGUGUCCUUAGAAAGUCCUUAGAAAGAAAGCAGUUUAUUUUGUGCAAUGGCAUGUACCUUGUCACUUUUAAGCACCCUGAGAGAUCACUUUUGUAAGAUUGCAUACCAGGUUUAGCAGCUUAAAUGGCAUUCAAGGAGUUAGCACCAUUUUAAAUCAUAUCCUAAUAUAAGACAUGUCCUUAUAACUGAUGUGCUUGUCUUAACAGUAAGAAUUUCUCAUAUAGUCAGGCCAACAUUCCUUCUCCAAUAAAAGGGUUUUCUGAAUCCUUGUCAAUAUUAUCAGAUAAAAGGCAGCUAAUCACAUAUAACGUCACCAGAUGAGAUCUUCCAUUUACAUGUCAGAAAGAUUUGAACUAGGGACAGUAAUUCUAAUAGCUUAAUAAUAAUAUUGCUCUUAAUGUACUUUAGGAACAUUUUGCCCUAUUUAAGACUAUUUUCAGAAUUAUGUUAAUGUGUUAACUUGCCUUUCUUUAGGACUCAUAUAUCACUCGGUAUUUUAAUACAUGUAUGUAUUUAUAAAUAUAUGUUGUUUGUUUUGGUGAUCAGUUUAUAAUAAUAAAGAUGAUAAUUUGUAAUUGAUACAUUUAAAGCUACUGUGUAUGGUAUGUAGCAGUAUUUAAGUGAGCGUGAAAAGCAUGUGAUUGUAGUUUAUUUUGUAUAAUUAAUCCAAAGAAUAGAGCCUGUAUGUUUGAAAACACAUACUCCUAGUGUAACCUCUACCAAAAAAAUCCAAAUUCAGAAUAAAUAUUGCUAAUUUGCAUAA